AUGUGUCCUAAUGGCGGUGGCGAGCCGACGGGAAAACUUGCCGACGAGAUCAACGCUUCAUUUGGCAGUUUUGCGAAGUUCAAGGAGGAGUUUACAAACGUGGCUGUGGGCCACUUUGGCUCGGGUUGGGCGUGGCUUGUGAAGGACACCAAUUCCGGCAAACUGAAGGUCUACCAGACGCAUGACGCGGGAUGUCCACUGACAGAGCCCAACUUGAAGCCUCUCCUUACAUGCGAUGUAUGGGAGCAUGCGUACUACGUGGACUACAAGAACGACCGUGCGGCAUACGUGCAGACCUUUUGGAACGUUGUCAACUGGAAGAACGUGGAACGGCAACUUUGA